GGACCCAUCGUAAUAAUCAAGCCGUUGCGUUCAAUGCGUGUCCCCCUUCAACCAAAACCCUACUUUCCGACAUUCAUUUCUUCCAUUACUCUCCACGAUCUUCCAUUUUCUUUUCUUUAUCUUUCAAUUUACAGUUGUCCAUCAAAACCCCACUAAUUGCUUUCAAAACCCCCAAACACUUUACACCUUUUCAAACUUCACUUACGCGAUCCAACGCGAUUGUCUCUCUCUCUCUCAUAUCUUGAUAACUGUACAGUUAUCCGAUCUGGAUCUGUUCAUGCGAGUUUCUUUCUUAUUGUUUUGAUUUCUGACUGGUAUUUGUUAAUAAAACCCCUAAUAAUAAUGGCCGAUGAGAAAGAAGAGAAGAAGAACAAGAAGAGCAAAAGCAAGAAAUGGGGUUUUCUCUCUCGAAUUUGGAACGCAUUGUUUGGAUUACGUGGUGAUGAUUUUGAGAAGAGGCUGCAGUAUAUUUCUAAAGAAGAAGCUACUCUUAUUUCUAGGAUGAAAAGAAGAUCUUUUAGAUGGAGAACAACUGCUAGAAAUUUAAUCAUCUUUUCUGUUCUUCUUGAGAUGGUUGCAGUGGGUUAUGCUAUAAUGACAACAAGAACAGUGGAUAUGGAUUGGAGAACGAGAUCGUUACGGGUUCUACCUAUGUUUCUUUUGCCUGCUUUGUCGUUCGGUUUGUAUUAUGGGCUUUCGAGUUUCACUAAAUUUUGUGAUCGAAGGGAUCAGAAGACGUUAGAUGGGCUUCGAGAAGAAAGGCAAGCAAAAAUCGACGAGCUUAAAGAGAGAACUAAUUAUUACAUCACUCAGCAGCUCAUUCAGAAAUAUGAUUCGGAUCCAGCGGCAAAAGCGGCUGCUGCAACUGUUCUUGCAUCGAAACUGGGUGCAGAUGCGGGCCUGAAAGUGUUUCUUGGAGACGAACGACAACCAGACGCACAUUCCACAGGGAAAAGCAGUGAUGUUGACCUCCAACAAACUAGCGGUCUCAGGAAACGAAACCAAACAAACCCUAAAUCUCCUGGAAGCAAUCCAGGCCAUCAUGUCGGUAAAGAAACACCUCAAUUUGGCGGAAAUGAGGUUCCCGGAAAUUCGCCACAUGGACAGCUUGUUGUCGAGCAUCAUAAUCCCGCAGCUUCAGGCGCUCAAGAUGGUGGUUGGAUCGCUAGAAUUGCCGCAUUGCUAGUAGGCGAGGACCCCACACAGUCGUACGCACUUAUAUGUGGAAAUUGCCAUAUGCAUAAUGGGCUUGCGAGAAAGGAGGAGUUCCCGUUCAUCACGUACUAUUGUCCUCAUUGUCAUGCUUUGAAUAAACCGAAAAAUUCUGUACUUCCGUCGGAUAAAAUGUCUCCUGUUACGGAAUCUCCAAAAGUAGCAGGUGCAGCGGAUGUUAAGUUGACCGAACAAAGUAACGAGUCAACGGGUGAGAAAGUAUCUGGUGCUAGCAGUCCCAUGGUAGCUGCAGUGGAAGUGAAAGAAGCAAAUGAGAAAAUAGUUGACUGAACAUGUUGACCUGACAGUGUGUGGUUGUAAUGGCUUUUGUUGCUUUUGCCUUGUUGUGUAACAAAAAGAAUUUUGAUGAUAUAUACACACUUUUCUUAUGAAUUUACA